AUGAAUUACUCACCGAAAAAUUCGGCUACUACCACGUACAAAUUGUGCAUGUUGAUGAAGACUAUUCUUUGCUAUCUACCGACACAGCUGAUGUCCAUUGGAUAUCCUUCCUUGGGGGAUCUAGUGGUGCUCACUGCUCUCGACUGGAAUUACUUUGCCAAGCCUGAGAUUCUGGAGUACGUGAAACUGAAAACUAAAAGCUGA